CCUCGCGGUCCCUAAAUGUUUACAUUGCGCAACCAUGGCGACGGAGGACGCAUCUCGUGAACUCGCUGGGUCUGAAAUAAAUGGUGUUUUAAGUAGUAUGAAGGAUGCCAACAAAGCAAAACGAAGAAAGGCUCUGGAGAAAUAUGAGAGCAUCGUAUUUGAAAAUGGGGAAGGAACAGAACAAGAGGAAUUAACGGAAAUUUUCAAUUACUCAGCCAGUAUCUUGGGCACAUGUCUGUCAGACCCGUCGGAGAUAAACCGCAUCAAUGCAUCAAAUAUUAUACUGAAAUAUAUAGAAUUGUCAGUCUUUACUGAAGAGAAACUACUUGUCAUUAUACCCGUCAUUCACCAUCGUCUUGCCACCGUGCCUUGCCCAGAAGAGAGUGAAGAUGUUAGACUCCUGUACAUAAACAUCCUUACUGGUUUAAUCAGCAUGUUCCAGGCCAAGAUGAUUGCGUUUAUGAAUGACAUAGUUAAUAUUCUGAAAGAGGCAGUUCUAGACCCCAGUCCAGAGGUGCGAAAGGCAGCUUGUGAGUGUGUAUGCUGCUACGCCAGAGCAACAAAGGAUAAGUUUCACAUGCAGUCGGAGUCUUUAGUCAAGCCACUCGUGAAAGCUUUGCAUCACCAGCGGUUCAAAAACAGGAUAGCAUGCAUAAAGGCUUUAGGUGAUAUUCUUUUAUACGGGGAGAGCAGAAGCAUCCAGGAUCUGAGUGGACCUCUAGCACAGUGUAUGAUGGAUAUCCCUCAAGUUCGUCUAGUGGUUGUGACUGUUGGAGGAUCUUUGGCCAUGGAGAUGCCAGAUCGUUACUCGUACUGGCAGCGCAUUUUCCCCUUGUUACUGUCUGGACUAAGGGACGAGGACAAAGAUGUUAAAAACAAAGCAGAAUCCCUUUGGGAAGAUGUUGGCAAGAAAUACGAAAAGGAAAAUGAAGAGCAGCUUAAGGAACAGAUAGACUUUGAUGCAGUUCCUGAACACUAUCCACCCACAGAAAAACGCCCAGGUGUUGGAUGUCGUUCUUUGGUGCAGAAGAGCCUAUACCACAUGUUGCCAGGCCUGCUGACUGACAUGGAUGACUGGCAGGCUGGACCAAGGCUGCAGGCUGCCAAACUCUUGACAACUCUUGUGGUUAAUGCAGAGUCUGGAAUAACUCAGUAUGUGGAGAAAAUUCUUGAAGGUCUGGUUUUGGCCUCGUCAGAUAAAGAGGCUGAUGUUGUCAAGCAGGUUGUUGAGUGCAGUGAAUACCUUGGCUACUUCGUUCCUCCAGCUACAUAUCUUCCAUUAAUCUUGCCAAGGCUUGGUGGAGGACAGUACGGUGAGCGUCCAUUGAUUGUUCUGAGUGCCUUGGCUCGAGGCACACCAGCUGCUCUCCUACAAGAAAGCAUAGCAGAAAUUGUCGAAGCCCUGGCCAAUGAGGACAUCUCCCAUGUCACCAGCCAGGGACACCAAAGUGCUUUGUUACAGGUCAUUCAUGUCUUGAUAGAAAAAUGCGAUCCAAGAGACUGUAGCUACAGUUUUUUCUCAGUAUUACUGUAUAUUGCUUCUACGUCAGAGGAGCAGGAUACAGUCAGUUUUGCUCAAGAACAGUUAGAAACUCUAGCAAACAAAAGUGGAUUUGACAGAGUAUGCACAUUAUAUGAUCUCCAUUUAAGUGCAGUUUUGAAUACUAUCCACACAACAGCCUCCUCUUGGAAUGAGCAGACUCCUCAUUUCAUGAUAUUUUUGGGUCUGCUAGAGCUUGCUGAUCAGUCACUAGGGCGUCAUUUAGAAAGGGUAGUUGGCAUCUUGUGCGAUUGUGUUCCCAAGAAGCAGGAUCCUUUUGUUAGCCUGAAGUGUCUAAUGAAACUACAUCAUCUUCUGAAACAAGAGGAGCAUCCUUUGAAUUCAAAUGGAGAGCUAGAGAGAUUCCUUCCUGUGAUUGUGUCUGAUAUACUGAAGCCAUUCCUCCCCUGGCAUGCUGGAAGCACAGCGGCUGCUCUGAGAACAGCAGCUGUUUCUUGUUUGGUUUCUGUGUGCCAGGUUGGAGUAGCAAGUCAGAAAGUGUCAGAUGAGGUAAAAAUUUGCCUCGCUCUCAUCCCAGCCCUUAUUGAAGAUGAUUCUGAAGAUACACGCCACCUUUCCUGUGAAGUUGUGAUGAAUGUUGUCAGUUCCUUUCCUCAGUUGAUUGAUUCUGAGACAUUACAUACUUUGGCAAAUAAGCUAGUCAAAAGAUUUGAUGAUGUAAGUGCAGUUGUACGUCUGAAAUCAGCCAGAGUUUUAGCUGCUCUGUUCAAGCACUUACCUGAGAAUUAUAAUCCUAGUAUACAGACAGCAAGGCUAAGAGACCUGUAUGAGUCUGCAACUGUAUUUUUAGAUGAUCCAGAUGAAAUAUUACAGGGCGCUGUCUCAGAUGCCUUGGAAGAGAUGGGCAAGAUAUCUCCAGAGAUCUUGAAAGAAGUGUUGGAGAAAGACCGCCCUAAGUUCCGAAACAAGCAUGUUUGUGAGAAACUGAUUGCGUCCAUGAAUAAUUUACAAAUUGCAGUUGUUAAUUAGCAAUGUAUUUUCUCCAUGCUUUAUUUAGGGAUUAUAAAAAUAGUUGCCUUUAGAUAACAUCAAUUUGAUUUUUUAUAAAACACUGUGAUAUGCAUAGUCAGAAGUUAGUACAUGGGUUAGCAGCAGUUUACACUUUCAUUGCAAGGUGUAUGACUGUUAAAGAAAAUACAAUAAACCAAACAUUUGGAAAUGUUUACAUAUUGGUUUCACCUUAUAAGUGCAAAGUGAUAGUAAAUGAUGUGCUGAUGGAAAGAAGAAAAAAACAGACCAGAUAUAAACACACACAGACACAUAACACACCAAAAUUGACACACACAAAAGAACAUUAAUAACAACAAAAGAGCAAAUCAGUCUAAAAUUACUUUUUUUUUUUCUCCACAAUUGAUUGUUUAUCUUUAUUUCUUUGAACUAAAAAGCAAUAAAAAGUUCAUAAUUUGCUUACCAUAGACGAAAUGUACUUCUAUUUAGGUAUUCAAAGUCAUGUUGAAAUUAGA